AUGGUUGUAGCUCUAUCUCUCGCAUUCACGCCUGCCAAAGAAGGGUCCUCUAUCUCUCUAUCGGACGUGGUUGCUGUGACACGUUCAAGUGGAUGCACGUUGUCAGCAGCCAUGGUUGCUGCUGAGAUGGAUGCUGCUGGGAUGAUGGCUGCUGGGAUGGUUGCUGCUGAGUUGAAUGCUGAUGCACCCUUCUCUGAUUUGACGGUGUUUGCUGAGAUGGUGGCUGCUGAAAUGGUCGUUGCUCCGAUGGUGUCUGCUGAGAAGGUGCCUGCUGUGAUGGUGCCUGCUGUGAUGGUGCCUGCUGCUGUCCCCUGCGACCACUCCUCAUUUGCCGCCGCACUUCCAUCCUUGCCAUUCUUGCUCUUCUUGCGGCACCCGUGCGGCUUCCAAACCCAUCCCCUGCCCCUGGCUCCCGUGCACGCUGGUUGGCCCCGCGUCCGCCGCGGGUCUGCUGCGCACUAG